CUCGCCAGGUGCGCCCCGCCCCCUCCCUGGCCGGCCACCUUCGGUAGCUGCUGGGAAGCGUCCGCCAUAGGCUCCCGCGCCCACCGGACGUUCUGGCGUGUUGCGAGGUGCUGGAGGGUGGGAGGGUCGCCGCCUAUUGCUGGGGGCAAGAAGCGAGCGAGCAGCGGACGGAAGCAUCGCGCGGGCGCCUCGCGGAGGGCAGAGGUAGAGGUCCGCGAAGGAGACUUCCCGGAGACGUCGACGUGAGCGCCAGCGCAGCACCUCGCGACCCUCGCGCAGCGCCCGCGCCGGUCACGAGGCCCCCCACUGCGCGUGCGCGGCAGGAGUCUCUCCGCACCUGGUCGCGAGACGCCAACGGCCAGCGGCUCGAGGGCUCGCGGGGCGGCCGGGCGGAGCCGAGCAUGGCGCAGCUGAGAGGGCCGAGGCGGGGCCGGGCGCUCCUGGCGCUGCUGGGGGCGCUGCUCCUCUCCCAGGCUGAGGCGGCCGACGGAGAACGCGGCAUCUACGACUUCUGCCAAGUGUCGAAGGUGGUGGGACGAUGCCGGGCCUCCAUCCCAAGGUGGUGGUACAAUGUCACUGAUGGUUCCUGCCAGCAGUUUGUAUAUGGAGGCUGUGGGGGAAAUGACAAUAAUUACCUGACCAAGGAGAAAUGUCUUGAGAAAUGUGCUGGUGUCACAGUGAACGCUGUUGAUGUUCAGGCCACCAGCAGGAAUGGAGCGGAUUCCUCUAUCCCAAGUGGUAGGUUCUUAAAAACCUGCCAGAGACUUGGCAAACAGAGGGGCUCUGCCUGGGCUGCCAGCUCCUGGCUCCAGCAUCCUUGCAUUGGGGGGCGCACGUUGUCCCACAGACAGGAGGGUCGGGGGAUUCUGCAGGGCUUCCUGGCUGGCCUCAGCCUCCUCCUGGGGGACAGGGGAGUGUGGAGGCCACUGCUGCACGUGGCUCAGGCCCUCCCUAGCUCGCUCCAGACGGGUUCUGGUCCUUACCUCUGCCUGCUCUACCAGCUCUCCCCCACCCCCACCUCUCCUGGCCUGUGGCUUCUCCUUUCUCACGUCCUCCUUGCUGUCUCCCUUCCUGUGCUAAGAGUCCUCUGUCUUGUACCACCCCCUCCUCUCCAUUCCCAUGGCAGUGCUUGACCUCAAGCUUUGUGUUAGCUUCCUUUGUAGUGCUGACAGCAGCUGCCCCAUUCCUCCUUUAUGCUUAAAGGACUCAGCAUCAGGAGCCUGGAGUGAGUGGUCCAGAUGCACUAGCAAGUAGUCAAACACCCCCUUGGGUGGCCAGCCCAGCUCUCCUGAAGGCCAGUCCCCGGGCAGCGGGCUCAGCUGGGCAACACCUGCUGUGGAGGAAGGGAAUCCCCCUCGCUGGAGGGCAGUCAGGACUCUCCUGGCCCUGCUGCUAGUGCUCACCUGAGGAGAGGAGCAUUUUAGUUUGGUGACUGUCAGUGGUCAGCUGACCUGCCUAAUGCCAUAGUCAGGCUGGAUUCAGUCUCUCAUUUUGCUAGGCCAGGAAGCCUGUGACCAGCCUGGCUGUGGCUGGCCUGGGUGCACUGUUGAUUGGCUUGCUGCCUCACUAAGGUUGUCUAGAACCUCAGGCACCUGCCUGAUAACUUUGGUUUCCAUCUUUCAGAAGAAAAUUUCCCCAGGAGUGAGGGGCCCCAUCGCUCUGUCAGAGAACACAUGACAGGGCAUCCAUAGUGACCGUCCUGCAUUCAUUCAGCAUGCGCCUUUGUGUCCAGCAGGACAGGCAGAUCACGUAGCAGAGUUGCCCAUGGAAAGGGACCCCACACCCUACUUAAAUGUUCCAGAGCAGCCAACUCCCUUGGUAGGCCCUUUGAGAUAUACCCCCAGCUAGGCCGUGUUUCCUGUGACUGUCCCAGCCUCCCUGACAC